AUGCGCAGUAGCGCCCUCUGGUGUCAUGGAUCUACAAGGAUUGUUGGUGGCUGGGUGAGUUGCUUUUUAAGCUCCCUGCGCUGAUUAGGCGGCCUGGGAAAGCAGUUUCUGUCCCUGGGAUAAUGGAAAUUGUACGUGUUAUAUGAGAUCUCCCGCAUUAGGCAAGAGGCAACAAAAGGAGAUCGCCCUUCCCCCGGCUGUCCUGCGGGAGAAGACUGUACCAAGGCCAGGAAGGCGGGGGGGUUUGUUGCGGAACAGACAUGGAGGGGAUCUCAGCCAUGGAAAAGAAUGUGGCCGAGCUGACAGUUAUGGAUGUCUAUGAUAUCGCCUCUGUGGUGGGACAGGAGUUCGAGAGGGUCAUUGACCAUCAUGGCUGCGAAGUUAUCGGCAGACUCAUGCCCAAAGUGGUCCGGGUGCUGGAAAUUCUGGAGGUUCUGGUCAGUAGGAACCACAUCAACCCAGAGAUGGAAGAGCUGAGGCUGGAACUGGACAGACUGAGGCUGGAACGAAUGGACAGGAUAGAAAAGGAAAAGAAGCACCAGAAGGAGCUUGAGCUGGUGGAAGACGUGUGGCGAGGGGAAGCACAGGAUCUCCUGAAUCAGAUAGCCCAGCUUCAGGAAGAAAAUAAACAGCUUUUAUCUAACCUGUCCAACAAGGAUGUAAAUCUCACAGUGGAAGAGUUUCAGAAACAUGAAGGAAUGUCUGAGAGAGAAAGACAAGUUAUGAAGAAGUUAAAGGAGGUGGUAGACAAGCAAAGGGAUGAAAUAAGGGCUAAAGACCGCAAAGUAGUGCUUAAAAAUGAGGAUGUGGAAGCUUUACAGCAGCAGCAGAGCCGCCUAAUGAAAAUUAAUCAUGAUCUGCGGCAUCGUGUCACUGUUGUAGAAGCUCAGGGUAAGUCUCUGAUUGAACAAAAGGUGGAACUGGAAGCAUAUUUGCAAACAAAGGAGCAGGAAGCAGCCAAUAUGAGAAAAGAGAUUGGUAAACUGAGGGACAAGCUGAAAGGAGAGCAGCAUACGAAUGGAGAAGAGAUAAAGACAGAAACUCUAAAUGAAGAGUGUAGCUUUGAAACAGAAAAAUUGUCUCUGGAUCUUAAAGAUUCCAAUCGGCCCAGGUUUACCUUACAAGAGCUGAGAGAUGUCUUACAUGAAAGAAAUGAGCUGAAAGCCAACGUCUUUAUGCUGCAAGAAGAACUUGCUUAUUAUAAAAGUGAAGAAGCAGAAGAUGAAAACAAAUUGCCACAAUCUCCACCAGUGAUUAAUUCUAAAGCACCCAUCCCUCAGGAGUCUGGCAUCAAACGACUGUUUAGUUUUUUCUCAAGAGAUAAAAAGCGCAUGCCAAUGAUGCAGAAGAAUGUCCACUUCCAGGAAUCCUUUGGAGAAUGGACAAAUUAUAACAGGGAUGACGUUUAUACAGAACAAGGACAAGAAGCAUUACAGCACAUGUGACAUUUUGUUUGCCUUAUAUGCCUGAGAAACACAUUUCACAAUGGGACAAUGACAUAUCCACUAGGUCACCAGGUCUUUUUGUUUGUCAGAGAAAAUAAGGGAAAAUCUUUAAAAAAAAAAAAAAAAGACCAGGGAAACAAAGAUGCUUGUAAUUAUGACUGCAAGAGGUAAUCAGGUUGUCUGUAAUCCAAGUCUUUCAGAAAAACAAAAGAAAACGAGCUCCAUUUGUAGGAAUUUGUACCACCAGCUUAUAAUUAUGUUGAGAAAUAAACUCCAGCAGUUGGAUGAAAUCAUGAGCUCCCAAUUCAGCUCUUGUGAGAAUCAACCACUUUUAUUUUAUAUAUUAUUUUAUGAUGUCCAUACAAGAUAAUAGUGGCCAUCAAAUGUGCAAAGGCAAGAAUAAUACAUGUGCACAUCUUUGGCUCAUUUAAAAAGUUUUAUGGUCUGUUCAAAAACGCCAGACUUCACUGUAUGACAUCAUCAUUUUAAUUUAAACCAUCCCUCUUUUUCACAGAUUUUCUCCUCUUUAUUUUUUAGUCUAAAAUUAAAUCUGCUGCCUGGUUGUCAGGUUAAGUGGAACCCUAGCAACGAUGACAAUUUAUAUUUCAAAUGAAGGGUUACAGUAAGAAAAGGUACAAUGCAUGUGCACGAAUCUGAAUCCUGCUUAGGAAGGCUCAGACUUGGCUGAAUCCUGAAUUUGGUGCAUCCCCUACUUAUUACAUUGCCUCAUAAGGAUCUGCGGGGAACAAUAUAAAAUAAAGAUCUUUUACAAUUCUUUUAGAAUAGCAUUAGGUACAAUUAGAUUUUCCUGAGUACUGCACCAUUAAUAGGAUUAUGCUACUGAGCGGUUAUCAUACAGCACAAAAAUAUGGUAGUUUUAAAAUAUGAAUGUUAUGAAAUCUGAAUUUCAUAAGAAAAGCUGCACAGCAUUAUUUAGUGGAAUGAUCAAAGGGAAAUUAUGUGAUAAGCGUAUCACAAUGAAAUUCUACCGUAUAGCAUGAGUGCUUGAUAACAUGCUGUCUUAUAGUAGUUUAUGGCUAGAUUACAUUAUACCCAGGCCAUUUAACAGUAAGAGGGUGUUUGGUGACAAACAAUUGCACCACUUUUUAUGUCUAAGAAUAGUCUUCAAACUACAGUAUAUUAUAUUAUGAAAGCUUAUAAAUGAAUUAUUUUGUACUGGAUCAGCAUAAUUAACUUAACUAAAAUGUGAUCUUUGCCCUGAUUUUAUAACAUAUUAAAUUCCUUGGUCAGACCCAUAUGAGGAUACAUACAUUUGUAAGUGUGUAUAUAAAUACAUGCAGACAUGCAUAUUUAUAUUUUUUAUUUGAAACAUAUGUUUAUCAGAGAUUUUAUUUUUGGGAGCUGUUGUCACCCUCUUCAUGUUCAGACUGUACAAGUCUGGUAGGUAAUCUGGAUUGAAACAAUUUUUGUCUUGCUGGGAACACAUAUGGGCAGUACUGAAAAUAAAAGGGUUGAACAAUGACUACAGAACAACAUCUGCUGGUGCAGCCUAUUACAGUGAGCCAAAAUGUGAUGGCAAGAGACCCCUACGUUGCCAAAGUACCUGUGUAUUUCUUCCUGGUGUUAUUAGCUUCUUACUAGAACUAGCUAAGUAAGAUAUUGUCAUACAGUGCAACUGUGGCCCUUGACACAGUUCUGCAAUCCCAGCCUUCUGAAUGUGGUACCUUUCUCAGCAAUAUCAACCCCUACUAAGCAUGCUUCCGAUUUACUGCUGUGUCAGUAACUAAAUAAUAAAAAUAACUAAUUCUGGAUAUUCAACUUUGAGGUGAGCUGGUAGAGAACUAACACUCUCACCUUCCUCCUACAGCUACCAGUAGUUCAGCAAGUUUACUAAACAUGUCACAGUGUCAGUGGUUGACUGUAGGCUCUGUUUUUUUUUUUCCUUUAGAUGAGAAGUCUUCCACGUGCUGGGUAAUACUGAAGUGCUAUUAGAAAAAAAAAUGUUGUAUUAAAGGAAUUUCCAGGGAAGAAUCUGGUCUAAAAAGGAGACCAGUAACUAGAAUGAAGCAGAGCCAUUACUGAAAGAAAAUAUUGUAUUUUCUUAUUUCUUGAGGAUCUCUCUGUUAAUUCUAAGGACCCCAUUUUAAUUUGAAUCUGGAUUCUACAGCAUUCUCACUAAGCACCUUAAAUAAGCACUGAAUAUACAGGAACCCUGUUCUAAGUGCCUGGUGCAUACAAAUAUGCAAGGUGCCUUUUGUUUGCCAUAUUAAUUUUAAAGUAUUACAAAAAUGUAUUGUGUAUUAAAAAAGUUAACUGAUUGACUUUGAA